GCCAAGGUACACGAAGACCUGUUUUUGUUAUUGGUGACACGGAUGUAAUAUGUAGAGUUAAAACUCGAAAGGGUAUUUUAUUUUUUGUAAUUAGAAACAAGUUUCGAUUGAUAUAUGGUGGAUUUAUAGUGGCUAAUAAAGUGGGUUUGAAAGGUCAGUUUGAGCUGGUUGUAACAAUGAGUUAUUUCACAGAUUUUGCACAGUAAUUAAGUUGAAAUGCAUAAUACAGGAUUACAGGUGUAUGCAAAAACUCAUUUACUGAGCUGAUUUUUUUUAAACCACUUGAAAUCAAUAAAAUCAAUGGUAAAGUUACUGGACAUGUUUUUCCAUACCUUUAUUGAAAUAGCUGUAGGCAUGAAGCUGGGCCAUUGAUGCGGAAACUGGAAAGUACUGGGAAAUUCAUGGCGAGGAAACGCCUCAGAGGCCCCGCUAAUCCUGCUGGAGACGGAUUUUGCAUGUGAAAUGAAUAUUCAAGCGGUCUUGCUAUUGACUUGAUGGAGAAUAACGGUUGGAUAACCACCAGCUCCAUUGUUAACAACAACAUUCUGAUUACCCCAUGUAAUCAACCACCGACUGCACCUUGUGGGAUCUCUCUUACUACUCAUUAUCAGUAUCACCCGUAAACUUGUCAUAAUCCUUACACUAAUCCUACUCUUCCCAGCUUAUAGUAUCACCAUUGUCAGUAGUGCCUCAAAUAUCUAAACACUAAACUGGUUUUCAGUGUUUCAUCUAUCAAUACUGGUUAUCUGCUGGCUUCUGCACGUCUCGGUAGUUUGGCUUUGAAACGAGGCGGUGGCCAUUACUGAAUAAAAACUUGCAGGGUUUGUCGUCCUUCAGGUAAUCUGGUAGUUCAAACCAUAAUUAGAAUCCACAAAAUGGCACCACCUCAAUGGUUACCGUUUGCACCUAGAAGUGGGUCUUCGAAUGCUUUGCUAUUGCAUGGGAACUUAGAUAUUUGGGUAUAUGAAGCGACAAAUCUCCCAAAUAUAGACCUUUGCCUUUCAAAGCUAACAGAUUUGUUUGGAAGCCUACCUGGAAAAACAGCAAAAUUAGGACGGCAAAUUACCCAGAACAAGAAAACAAGUGAUCCUUAUGUCUCAGUUUCUGCAUUAACAGGAAUGUUAAGAAACUUACCUGUAAAUACGGAAAAACUGGAACAGCAAAUUACCCAGAGCAAGAUAACAAGUGAUUCUUAUGUCACAAUUUCUGUAAGCAAUGCAGCAAUUGGUAGGACUUACGUGAUGAUCAACAAUGAGAACCCAAAUUGGCUGCAACAUUUUAAUGUGCCUGUUGCACAUUAUGCUGAGGAAGUUCAGUUUGCUGUUAAAGAUAACAACACUGUUGGUGCUCAGCUUAUUGGAACCGUUUCGAUCCCGGCAGAACAGCUUUAUCAUGGAGUGAAAGUUGAGGGAAGUUUCCCAAUUCUUCUCAUCCCUUGCUUGAGUUUUUGUGAACCCAAACCUCAGUUGAGGCUUUCAAUUCAGUACACCCCACUUGACAGAUUGACUGAGUUCAGUAGUGGAGUUGGGGCAGGUCCUGAUUACACUGGAGUUCCUUGUACAUAUUUUCCUCUAAGAAAAGGUGGAAAAGUUACAUUGUAUCAAGAUGCUCAUGUUCCUGAUGGCUUUCUGCCGUCUCUGAAGCUUGAUCACGAGCUGCAUUAUGAACAUGGGAAAUGUUGGAGUGAUAUAGUGACAGCAAUAAGUCAGGCACGCCGUUUAAUUUACAUCACUGGGUGGUCUGUGUACCAUAAAGUUAGAUUGGUCCGAGAUGCUGGAUAUGCAGCUGACUGCACUCUGGGAGAUCUUAUCAAGUCCAAGUCACAGGAAGGAGUUCGUGUGCUUCUUCUUGUAUGGGAUGAUCCUACUUCACGGAAUAUCUUGGGGCGUGACACGGAUGGACUAAUGGGGACCCAUGAUGAGGAGACUCGUCAUUUCUUCAGCCACUCGUCUGUGCAAGUGUUGCUUUGUCCUAGAGCUGGUGGAGGACGAGAGAGUUGGGCCAAACAGAGGGAAACCGAAACAAUCUAUACACAUCAUCAGAAGACAGUCAUUGUGGAUGCUGAUGCAGGUAACAGCAGGAGAAAAAUCAUUGCUUUUCUCGGAGGACUUGAUUUAUGCGAUGGACGAUAUGAUACUCCAAACCACUCGCUCUUUAAGACACUGCAGACGCUGCAUAAAGACGAUUAUCACAAUCCUAAUUUUACCGGUCGUACUGAUGGUUGCCCUAGACAACCAUGGCAUGAUAUGCACUGCAAAAUUGAUGGUCCAGCAGCAUACGAUGUUCUUACCAAUUUUGAGCAGCGCUGGUCAGACACUUCCAGGCGUCAGAAGACUAAAAAACAGAUAGAAUCGUCUGAUGAUGCGUUAUUGAGGAUGGAGAGACUUCCAGAUAUUGUUGGGAUGGAUGAAGUUACAUAUGUGAGUGAGGAUGAUCCACAGACUUGGCAUGUUCAAAUAUUCCGUUCAAUUGAUUCAAACUCGGUAAAAGGCUUUCCGGAGGAUCCAAAAGAUGCUACAAGCAAGAAUCUGGUCUGCGGGAAGAAUGUAUUGAUUGAUAUGAGCAUACACGCUGCAUAUGUAAAGGCCAUCAGAGCUGCCCAACAUUUCAUUUACAUUGAGAACCAGUAUUUCCUUGGGUCAUCGUAUAAUUGGCCAGAAAACAAAGACCUAGGUGCAAACAACUUAAUACCAAUGGAGAUUGCAUUGAAGGUUGCUAACAAAAUCAGAGCAGGCCAGAGAUUUGCUGCCUAUAUAGUUAUUCCAAUGUGGCCAGAAGGUGCACCAGCAGGCCCCGCUACACAGAGAAUUCUGUUUUGGCAGCAUAAAACAAUGCAAAUGAUGUACAAGAUUGUUAGCAAAGCUUUGGUAGAGGUUGGACUUGAGGGUAUUGAGCAUCCACAGGACUAUUUGAACUUUUUCUGCCUCGGAAAUCGCGAGGCUCCAGAUAGGAAUGAUACAGAAUCUCCAGAUUGGACUGACAUAUUUUUUCGGGGAACUCCCCUUGCGCCCAGUACUCCUCAAGCACUUAUGAAGAAAAGCCGACGUUUCAUGAUAUAUGUCCAUUCAAAAGGCAUGAUAGUUGAUGACGAGUUCGUACUUUUGGGGUCUGCAAACAUCAAUCAGCGUUCACUGGAGGGCAGUAGAGAUACUGAAAUUGCAAUGGGUGCCUACCAACCUCGGCAUACUUGGGAAAAUAAACAAUCUAGUCCCCAUGGACAGGUUUAUGGUUACAGGAUGUCAUUGUGGGCAGAACACAUUGGAGUUGUAGAGGAUUGCUUUACGCAACCGGAGAGCUUAGAAUGUGUUAGAAGGGUUAGGUCCAUAGCAGAAUGCAACUGGAAACAGUUCGCAGCGGAUGAGGCAACAGAAAUGAAAAGUCACCUCCUCAAAUACCCGGUACAUGUAGAAACAAAUGGUAAAGUGAAACCUAUUCCUGGCUGUGAAACUUUUCCUGACCUUGGCGGUAACAUCUGUGGCCGUUUUUGUAUGAUUCAAGAAAAUCUUACUACAUAAACUGAAUAUCGAUAGCAUUCGCAGUAAGAAGCCAGUGAAUUGGGCAAAUUGUUGUGUAUGUCAGGUGUCAUUUUAGCAGUUCUAUGUUGUCCAAGGCGAUUGAGGCGCCUGCAAGGCUCCCAAGGCGCAUAAUUCAUGGUGUGAGCGCCUCGUCUCCCCUCCCACAACAUUGUUAGCACUUUUUCUAUAUUUGAUUUUGGUCUCUUUUGGCAUUCA